AUGGAGCCAUCAAUGUCAACUGGGGACUCUUCCACAUGGGUGGAGGAAGAGGGGCAGUUGAGUGACAGUUCAGGGGAGGAGGAAUUUGCCAAUCCAGACACAAUGUUGAGUGAAAUUGACUCUGAACUGCAAAAUACUGAGGACAUCUAUAGGGGUCCAGCAGUCACUACUACACGUAGUACUGAAAGAGCCCAGAAGCCCUCAGAACUACAACUGGAGAAUGUACCUGUGCCAGAAAUUGGUAAUGAAGAAGUCAUUGUGACGGAGCCAGAAGAGUGCAGUGAUGCAGUGGAGGUGGAGUGUUUGGUGAAGCUGGAGGAACCUAUGCAGCCUGGGAAAGUGGAUCACACCCUACCAAGAAGGGUACGCACGUAUAAAGAUUGCAUGCCUCAUAAGAGAUCUAGAAGUUCAACAGCUCCCGAGAGUACUCCAAGCAAGCACUGGGCAAACAAAACGCCUCCUUCUGCAAGCACUUCUUACGCGGGACCCUCAUCAGCACCAGACAAAUGUCCACGAGGCGGUAAAGGAAAGCAACUUCUUCGUAGACCUACACCUCCCUCCAAUGCGGUCGCUUCUUCACCCUCCACUUCUGCGAGUUCACCUUCAACCCCGCCCGUGGACAACCAAACUAUUUUCAACAUUCUCAAAGAGAUGUCGCAAGCCAUGUCCACGCUAGCAGCCAACUCGGUGCCAGCCCAGUCAGGCCAACACACUGUACCCGAGUCUGUUCCUCCAUCUACGGCUUCUUCAGCAGACACAGGUAUAGUACCUCCCCAAACUUCAAGCAGGUAA